UCUUCAAUCCAUUCUUUUUCUCUCUCUUUCUCCUAUUUCUGUCCUGCUUCUCGUUUUAGGUCAGAGUCAACAAUAACAUAACAACCCUUCCCUAGUUUCACGAUUAUUCAAUUGAAUACUCUUCUCACAGCACAAAUUAAAGAAACCCCAUUACGGACUUUCCUAUUAUUGCUGCCAAAGCUUCAAACUUUCUGCUUCCCCGGGGGUAAGAAUCUGCUCUCUCUCUCUCGAGUUUCCAGCGAUUGAUUCUCACCCUUUUCUGAUUUGCUUCCAAAUUCGAUAUCUUUUCUCUGCUGGCUGAUUUGUCUCUACGUUUUAGUGGGGGAAAUGAUGGGAAAUUAGGGCUUGGGUCUGGAAUUUUUCAUCAUUUCUGUCGAAAAAAGUGUUCCUUGUUGUGCAUAUUUUGUUUCAAGUCUCGUCUUUGAGGUUGUUUGUUCAUCUGGGUAGGUGUGUGUCAUAAUCACACCCCAGGUAGCUGUAAUUGUACAAAUCCCAUGGCUGUGUUGUUGUGAAUUUUUUUAGGAAUUAGGGUUCAGGCUUAGUCCAAAGCCUCAAGCUCUUUGUUUUUAAAUUCCCUUAAUCAACAUUGAAAAUGUCAUCUGCUGGUGUAAUCACUCUUAGCCCUGUCCCAAGGGAGCUAUUGUUGUCUCCAAAUGGAUACUAUACCCCACUGCACUUGUCCAUGGAUCAUGAGUUCAUUUUCAUAUAUCUCUCCUAUUCCGGAUCCUUGACCCCAAUGCGAGUUCUUCCCUGCGAUACCAUCGAGUCGGUAAAGCUCAAAAUCCUAAAGGCUGAGGGGCUUCCUUCAUUGACAAACAAGCAAAAGUUGGUUUGUGAUGGCCGGGAGCUGGCACGGAGCAAUUCUCUGCUGAAGGAUUAUGGGGUUACAGAAGGGAAUAUUCUGCAUUUGGUGAUUAGGCUUUCAGAUCUCCAGACCAUCAGUGUGAGAACUUCUUCUGGCAAGGAGUUUACUUUUCAGGUGGAGAGAUGCAGAGAUGUUGGGUAUGUUAAGCAACAGAUUGCGAAAAAGGAGAAGCGCUUUGCUGAUCCUGAAAAGCAGGAAGUUGUGUGUAAUGGGGAGCUGCUUGAGGAUCAGAGGCUUAUUGAUGAUAUCUGCAGUAAAUAUAAUGAUGCAGUGAUUCAUCUUUUCGUUAGAGUGAAAUAUGCUGAAGUUAGGACAGGACAAGAUGAGUUGUCCAUUGUGGCAAAGGAGUUGAAUGAUACAAAAGAUUGUGAUGUUAGUGAAAACAAUAUUAGGAGAAAAUAUGAUGUUAGUAAAGAAGAUAUAGGAAGGGAUUAUGGAGCCGAGCCAAUUGUGUCGAGGAAGGCUCUUGAGAGAGAUCUUCUUUUGGAGCCAGUUAUUGUUAACAAGAAAAUUGAAUUAGCUUCUGAUAUUUGGAAUAUGAUUAACUCUACAUAUGAAGGGUUAGACAGUGGACAUUAUCCAAUCAGAUCUGCUGAGGGUACAGGGGGAGCUUACUUUAUGGUUGAUUCAACAGGGCAAAGGUAUGUAUCUGUUUUUAAGCCCAUUGAUGAAGAGCCAAUGGCUGUGAAUAACCCUAGAGGUUUGCCUUUCUCAGAAGAUGGUGAAGGUUUAAAGAAGGGUACUAGAGUUGGUCAGGGAGCAUUUAGGGAAGUUGCAGCUUAUAUUUUGGACCAUCCAAUGAGUGGCCGCCGAUCAUUAUUUGGUGAUGAGAAGGGCUUUGCUGGGGUUCCACCGACUGUUCUGGUUCAGUGCUUGCAUAAAGGAUUUAACCAUCCUGGGGACUUGACCACCAAGAUUGGCUCCUUGCAAAUGUUCAUGGAGAAUAAUGGAAGUUGUGAGGAUAUGGGCCCUGGGGCUUUCCCAGUGAAGGAAGUGCAUAAAAUUACUGUGCUGGACAUGAGACUUGCAAAUGCUGAUCGACAUGCUGGGAAUAUUUUAAUCGGAAAAGAGGAGAAAAAUGACCAGGCUGUUUUGAUUCCAAUUGAUCAUGGAUACUGCUUGCCCACAAGUUUUGAAGAUUGUACCUUUGAAUGGCUUUAUUGGCCCCAAGCUCGCCAGCCGUACUCCCCAGAGAUCAUUGACUAUAUAAAAUCACUGAAUGCUGAUGAAGAUAUUGCUCUUCUGAAGUUUCAUGGAUGGGAUCUGCGACUUGAAUGUGCUCGUACUCUUCAAAUCUCAACCAUGCUUUUGAAGAAAGGAGUGGAGAGGGGCAUGACCCCCUUUGCCAUAGGAAGCCUUAUGUGCAGAGAAUCCUUGAACAAGGAGUCUGUGAUCGAGGGAAUUGUAAAAGCAGCUCUGGAUUCUGUUCUUCCUGGCACUAGUGAAGCCACAUUUCUGGAUGCUGUUUCUGAAAUCAUGGACCAGCACCUUGAUGAAAUCACAAGUUCCAUCUCUUAAUUGAAGUUUAUUUCUGUCAUAGUAGUUGACUAGUUGGUAUAUAAAUGUCUGUAUACUUGUGUUCCAGUACAUACCUAUAGCUCAAAUGGUUGUUUUUCCAUUAUUUCAGUUAUGAUUUCCUAGGUCUUGACAUUUAGUAUUUCCCAACAUUUCACAAAUUCUUUCAUUAAGUUAUCUUCACUUCUUUACAUUGAAUUCAGUAAUGGAAGACAAAUCCUUUACCUUUA